AUGACGACUAGGGGUCCUAGGGGUCCUAAGUUCAUGGGUCGCCGUCGCCUUCCAACUACACCAACGCGCUCUAGCCAGCGUCAACCACAACUUCAAUCACCUCCUCCAACCCAGCCUAAGGCUCCCCGAGGCCCAAUCCCAACUCUUGCACCAGGCCAAGUACUGAGCCAGAAAGAACCCAAGAUAUCCAGCAUGGCUCGCCAGAAACAAGUUCGCCAGAAUACGGCCAGCAAAGCCCCAAGGAAGGCACCAGUGGGUGGGAAGACUGUGAUGAAGGCGAAAAAGCAUCGUUCCAAGCCAGGCAUUGUUGCACUUCGUCAAAUUAAGCGAUACCAGAAAACAACAGAGCUACUCAUUCCCCAUGCGCCAUUCGUCUGCCUCAUCAAAGAGAUCAUGGUUGACCUGAAAUCGCCCUAUCAAAUCCAAGCGACUGCAGUUUCUGCACUACAAGAAGCAGCUGAGACCACUUUGGUCAAGGAGUUUGAGAUGACUCAACUUGCUGUGAUCCACGCAAAGCAUGUUACCAUUCAGCAGAAGGACAUGAAACUGGUGCAAUCAAUGAGGCUCCAUAUGACGGGGUUCCGGUUCCCAGGGCAGCUACUUGAGUAA